UAUAAAAAGUCUUUUUAAUAUAUAAGUUAAACUUGAUGACUUCAAAUUCUGCUGCUGAAUGAUAGAAGAUAUGGGAUGUGAGACACCAACAAGAGACAUCAAAAUAUAAACCAGGUUAAACUGCUAUAGGAGGUGGAGCUUUGGAUCAUCAAGCUAAGGAAUUACUGAUUGGGGAAGAUAUGUUUUGGAUCAUCAAACACUUAGAGAAAGGCACAUCAUUAGAAGAAGCAUCAUCAUCUUAAAUGACGGUGAAUUAAUUAUACACAUUCCAUAAUACUACUAAUAAUAACUUGGUUUGAGUGAGGUGAUUGCACAAACAAAUUAAACAUGUCUAAAGAAUAUGCGGAUGAGAUUAUUAUUGAAGAAGAUGAGGAAACUUCUUCAUUGGGAUGUUGUUCCCAGAAAUGCUCUUCAUUUGAUUUGAAUGAAGAUGCAAGCAGUGAAGAAGAAGAAGAAGAAGAAGGUAAGAAUAAGAAGGAGGAGGAUGAGGCAGCAUGUGAUGAAGAGGAGAUCAAUGCGAAUGGAACAUCAAACUCAAGAGAAGAUGAAAGAAAUAAUAACAACAAAAACAAUGAGAGAAGAGGUGGAGUUAGGCAAUAUGUUAGAUCCAAGAUGCCAAGGCUUCGAUGGACUCCUGAGCUUCAUCUCUCUUUUGUUCAUGCUGUUGAAAGACUUGGCGGUCAAGAGAGAGCAACACCCAAGUUGGUGCUUCAGUUGAUGAAUGUGAGAGGGCUCAGCAUUGCUCAUGUCAAGAGUCACUUGCAGAUGUAUCGUAGCAAGAAACUUGACGAGACCGGCCAAGUAUUAGGUCAAACAUACAGAUCGAGGCAAUUGCAUGAAGUAGUGGGACGUAGUAGAAAUCAUCAUGAGUUACUCAAUCCUCAUCACCAUUUCAAGAUGGGAAACGGUGGCAUUAUUCUUGCAACCAAUUUCAACCAUCAUCAUCAUUUCCAAGGUUCUCUGAUGCACCACCCCCACUUCUCCCUUUCAUCACGUUCACAUGCAAUCGCCACCGACUCAGGGCAACAUGAAUUGUAUUUGAAUCAUCAAGGAUUGAGAGUAACAAGCAACGAAAUUGUGUCCUCAUCAAGUAAUCAUCAAGGAAGAUCGAGUUCAAACCAGGUUCAAGUGAUGGAUACGUCUUGCAGAAUUGCACCAAUUAGACCAAGUCAUUUCCUUGAAGAGAAGAAGUGGCCUCCCCUGGAAAUUAUGAACAAUCAUCAUCAAUGGAAGUUCAAGGGUCCUACUACUAUUGGCAACAUUCCUGAAUCUGUUCAGCCAAGUAUCAGAGAGUAUUUAUCAACCUCCAAGAAUAAUUUAAGGCUAGAAUUUGAUCCUCCAUUUCGGAUAAAGUUGAAUGAAGUGAAGAGGGAGAAAAGGGAGGAAAGGUUGCCCAAUUUGCAACUAGGUUUGAGUCAUGGCGGAGAUGGAAAUGAUGAUGAUUGCAGAGAAACACAAGAGAUCAACACUAAGCUUUCACUUUCAUAGAUCCAGACACUACUACUACACUACUCUAGCUAGCUGCAUGCCUAGCUGCUUGUUUUGUCAAUAUUAAUUACAUUUCAUUAAUACAACAACUUAGCUAAUUAAUUUCUUAUUUGUCAGCAAUAACUCAAACACAGAACUAGAUAUAAAGGAUCUCACCAUAAAACUAAAUGACAUGUGUGAUAAAUGACUCAGAAUCAUGAGUUCCCAUUGGCUACUUAUCCUUUAUCCUAUCAAAGUUUUUGGCACAUGCAGCAUUAUUCAACUACGAGUGU